ACAUGCUGCUAGCGUCGCGUGCUUGUGUUGUGACCAAGAUGGAAAGAAAGAUGGAGGAGAACAUCAGAGACCACGAAACUGGCAGUGAAGCUGGAGGUGAAGAUGCGUUAGUUGGCAACAUCAACAAGCUGCUCGUCACCCCACCAGGCUACACAGGAGCUUCUCGAAAGGGUCACCUCAUCUUUGACGCGUGCUUCGAGAGUGGUAAUCUUGGUCGUGUGGACUACAUCAGCGAGUUUGAGUAUGACCUGUUCAUUAGGCCGGACACCUGUAACCCACGCUUCAGAGUAUGGUUUAACUUCACUGUGGAGAACGUGCGAGAGACACAGAGGGUGAUUUUCAACAUAGUCAACUUCAGCAAGACCAAAAGCCUGUACCGCGAUGGGAUGUCUCCAGUGGUGAAGUCCACAAGUCGACCGAAAUGGCAGAGGCUCCCAGCCAAAAACGUGUACUACUACCGCUGUCCCGACCACCGGCGAAACUACGUCAUGUCCUUCGCCUUCUGCUUCGACCGCGAGGACGACGUGUACCAGCUGGCCUACUGCUACCCCUACACCUACUCCCGCCUGCAGCACUACCUGGAGGGCCUGGAGCGCAGGAACCUGGCCUACCUGCAGAGGGAGCAGCUGGGCCUGAGUGUGCAACAGCGACGCCUCGACCUCCUGACCAUCACCAACCCCGCCCACCUGCAGCCGGAGCAGGAGAAGAAAGUGGUCUUCCUGACUGCCCGUGUGCACCCUGGAGAGUCCCCCGCCUCUUUCAUAUGCCAGGGUGUGAUCGACUUCCUGGUCAGCCAGCACCCGGUGGCUCGAGUCCUUCGCGAUCACGUGGUGUUUAAAAUCGUCCCGAUGCUCAAUCCUGACGGUGUCUACUUGGGUAACUACAGGUGCUCUCUGAUGGGGUUUGACCUGAACCGCCACUGGCAGGAUCCCUCGCCGUGGGCCCACCCGACUCUGCACGCAGUCAAGCAGCUCAUCGUUCAGAUGAACCAGGACCCUAAGGUCAGCCUGGAGUUCUACAUCGAUGUCCACGCCCAUUCCACCAUGAUGAAUGGCUUCAUGUACGGGAACGUGUUCGAGGAGGAGGAACGUGUCCAGAGACAGGCCGUGUUCCCGCGCUUGCUCUGCCACAAUGCGCCCGACUUCUCUUUCACCAGCACGUCGUUUAACCGUGACGUGGUGAAGGCCGGGACGGGCCGGCGUUUCCUGGGCGGGCUCCUGGACGACACGUCGUACUGCUACACCCUGGAGGUGUCCUUCUACAGCUACAUCUCAGCUGGCAGCAGUGCCCCGGUGCCCUACACUGAGGACUCCUACAUGAAGCUGGGCAGAAAUGUGGCCCGUACCUUUCUGGAUUACUACAGGUUGAACAACCUGAUUGAUGACAAUAAGCCCACAAGUCUCAGCAACAGCAAUUUGGAUGGACAAUCCUAUCGUCAGGGAAACGGGCGGAACCUAGAUGGAGAGAAAGGAGAACGGAGAAUCCAUGGGAAUAAAGAAGAAAGUUAGAUUCUCUGCAGUAUCAGUAUAAAUAUCAACGCAUUAUCAAGCUGGAAAACUGUGAGCCAGAGACUAACGGUGGCUUCCUGAUAGGCACUGUGAACGCCUUGAUGAAACACGGAGUGACAGGACAUGGAAAACUCAACAGAUUUUUUGCUGAAACCUUCUCUAGGCUUCAGUCUUCCAUUAAUAUUUGAAUGAGUUUCAAUACGCAGCAAAACAUCUGUCCUCGAGACAUCUUCAUAGCAAGCCGUUGCAUGGUUGUAUGAGGUCAGACAGACUUAUUGUGUUCCCAUCUGUGGCCUUCAUGUUUUUGUGCAUAGUGCUCCACAGAAGUGUGCUUUCUUUAGACGUUAAUUUAUUAUGUUUCUGUAUAUAUUUUUUAAUAAUUAUUCUGACAGCAUGAAUGCAUGUUUGUACAAAAUUUUACUUUUAUCUUGAGAUUCAUUUUGUGUGGUGUUUUAAUGUAUCCCUUAUUGAAUAUUUUCAUUUUAAAUAACUGUGUACCCUGCAUUGGUUUCUUAUUUGUGUUGCAUAGGACACAUUUCAGAAGCAACACUGCUCUGACAAAAUAAAAUAGUUCUGUAUGCUUUUUUUUUCUCAGAUGUUUUCAGCUCAAUAAUUUGUAAACCGAAGGUUUUCAAGCAAGCAUACUUAAUCAGACAGCUCAGAAACACAAAAAUGGACUUUGUCAAAGAUUCUGCUCCCCAGGGUAUCUCGCAAAAAUGAAGUUUGAUAUCCAUUUGCUGUCCUUCCUCCAAGCUUAGAGGCUGUAAAUGCCUUUUAAACCUUCCUGCACAGUACACUGAAUGCUUUGCCCAGCACAGUAUAAAAUAUGAACCGUGGGAUUUGCUCUCCACAAAAGGCAUUGAAAAGUGGGGGGUGAAAGAGAAUAGCAAAAGCUAUCAGUCAAGAGUGGCGUGAAGAACAACAUGUAUUUUUCAAGCCAGUCAUUUGGAAUAAGCGCAGCAAUCAGUCAGAAACAACAUAAACAAAUGCGUUUUGCUUUUUACACGGUAGACAAAAAGAUGGAGAGUGCUAAUAAAACUGUGGAAGAAAAUCA